GUGAGACAGAAGACUCAGAUGCUCAAGAUGGAUAAUACGACCUUAGCUGCUGCCCACUGGGAAGGGGGAUCCAAUAACACGACGGCGAGUCAUCCCUGUAAACCUGAGGAGCUUGGCACAUUCAUUCCAAUUUUUCUGAGUGUGGUCUUUUCAGUGGGUUUCAUUCUGAACAGCAUCAGCCUAUGGAUCUUUUGGUUUGGAAUCAAGAGAUGGAGUGGUGGAAUGAUCCUACAGUUCAACCUGGCUUUAGCAGAUGCCAUUAUAACGCCUGCAGCACCAUUCAUGAUUGCCUACUUCUCACUUUCGCACUGGCCCUUUGGACAAUUUCUCUGUCAACUGAAGGUCUUCUUAUUGAGCACCAACAUGUAUGGCAGUAUCUACUUUCUCACCCUGAUUAGCAUCCACCGGUACAUUUCUGUUGUGCACUGUACAAAGAAAACUAUCCUGAAGGAAGAGAAGUUUGUAAAGAUUGUUUGUACAGGAGUCUGGGUCCUUCUGUUUGCUCAAGGGUUUCCAUUCUUUUUUGUCCUUAAAACCACUGAAAUGUACAAUGCCACUCAGUGUUUGAACAUGCAUCAGGAUGACCUGAUAGUUUUGUACUUUGUGUGGAACACAGUUAUUUUAUGCACUGGGUACAUCAUUCCAUUUUUUGUCUCCAUCAUUUGCUAUGGUUUACUUGCCAGCUUCAUUGUAAAAUUGAAUCCCAAUCAACUUAAGAGCAAACAUAUGAAGGUGAAAUCCAUGGAAAUGAUUUUAGUGUCCCUAACAAUUUUUAUAAUCUGCUUUCUGCCUGUACAUGUAUCCCGAACAUUUGGAAUUUCACUAAAAUUCUUUUAUCCUGAUCAGUGUGAAACACUGGGCAUUAUUGAGCUUAUUUAUUACAAAUGUUUAGCACUGUCAAGCUUAAAUUGUUGCCUGGAUCCUUUGCUGUACUUUUUUUCUUCAAAGAAAUUCAAGGAAUCAUUAAGAAAUGUUGUAAGUUCUAUAAAAUGUUGGAAUAAGAAACAGAACUGA